CCACCCGAAUGUAGACAUGGCGGUUGUGUCCAUAUCAAAAAGGAUUGCAAAGCGUUGGAAAUAAUGCUGCUAGCUAAAUCAGUUAUCACUGCUGUAUGUCAGCAGGGUUUACGUUGUGGAGUUCUUCUCCAGCAAGUUAGUGAAUUAACCCACGGUCUGCAGCAAGGCGUUCGCAAAGUUAUGCAAAUGGAAUGCUUGCUAGUAAAGUUGUUUGACGAACUAAAACUUGCUUGCUAGCAGCUAACUACAAGGCUAGAUGGCUAACGUUACUAGUAACUUGCUCGCGAGGAGGACAACCAGAUCUCGCCAGCACAGCACAGCAGCUGUGUGUUGACACGAAAGGAGAAAGCCAGCAAGCUAUCCCAGCCUAAUCCAAAUGGGGAAAUAUAUCUCGAAAGAUUGACUGUAUUGUUGACUUCACAUUUUCAGCAGUUUCUUUUUUAGAUGUUGUUAUUGUGCUAACCAGUUAGCUAACUUUUGACAUUUUCUCACUGAAAUCUUGGAAGUAUCCAUUAAUCAUCUUUAGUUAUUGGACUCAAACUAUUAAUAAUGUUUUCUGUGAAGCCCUUGAAACCAACCUUUAAAUCAUACCUUCUGCCUGUACAGGUGAGUAACCUUACUUGACUAACUACGCUACGUUACUGUGUCCUCAGCAUACUACUUGCUACUACUGAGUAGCUAGCUAGGAUUACUAGUCAAAUUCACUAGCCAACGUUAUAUGUUGUGCAUAAUUUAGUUUGUUUAUUAUAGACUAACAAUCUGUCUCUGUUUUAUCUUUCAUGCAGACGGAUCUGAAAAAAACUCCACAGCCACCAAUCAAGAAGUUAGAGGCCAGGUUACUUCCAGGUGAGUUUACAGUUCCCUCUGCCACAGCUAGCUUGUUGUUUCUGACUGUUCUAUUUGUAACGAACAACUAUGUGAUGAGUACGUAGAGGCUACAGAAAUUAAACCACCCAUCAAAAUAUCCCUCUCCUGAAAAAGAACCAGUAAAGGCUGAUCUCAUCCAGCUAUAGUCUUUCUUCUCAUGCUAAUGUAGAAUAUUACUGAUAUUUCAAUGACCAGCCAGUGAAAACUCCUGUAUCUCUUCAGCUAAAUGUAAUUGCUUGUUUUGAAUGUGUAGUCUGUCAGUGCACCUCACUUGUGUUUUUGCGCACAGGUCUUUUGCAUCCCUUAUUGUCGCAUCAUUAGGCUGUGGUAAUCUAAUCUAAUUUAGUCUAUUUUUUCUGGGCUGUCUCAAGUCACCGUGGCAAUACAGUGCCUGCCUGGCCCCCUUUUCAUCACAGCAACUAACAGCGCAUAAUUUAUCCUAAAUGAACAAUUGGCUGGUUCAUAUAUUACUUCCUGACUUUGCAGUCAAAUCCCAGCUCAGUGAGCAUGCGAGUUGGUUAAUGACUGUGUCUUAAUAACAAGAGAUUCACAAGGGUAUUUCCUGUUCACAGAGCAUCAGUCACUAAAAGCUAUUUCCCCCAUUUUGUGUGUUUUUCUUCACCACUUUGAGUUUUUAAUGUGUGGCAGGGCCUCAGGUUUGUUGACUUUUUUUCCAUUAAGUUGGCAGUGUUUGUGUGUGAGCUAAACUGACACCCAACCUCUCCAUAUUAGUAGUCCCCUGUAACUCAGUUGGUAGAGCAUGGCGCUUGCAAUGCCAGGGUUGUGGGUUCGUUUCCCACGGGGGGCCAGUAUGAAAAUGUAUGCACUCACUAACUGUAAGUCGCUCUGGAUAAGAGCGUCUGCUAAAUGACUAAAAUAUAAAUGUAAAUAUUACAUUUUGCUCCAGUGUAUUAAGAUAUACAAAGAGAUAUUUAAAACAGAAUGAAAAUAAUAAAGUCUGUAUGUGUCUAACCAUCACUCAUCAAACUGUGUACAGGGAGGGGCCACUCAAUUCAUGUUGCCCGCCACCCAUAAACUAUUGUUGCAAAAAAGCCAGUUAUUAUUCUUUAGCAUUUCGGUUAAUUCAUUUCGGUUCAUUCAUGGCUGUUAUGGAGGCCGAAGCUCACUGAUAUAACGGAGCAAGAUUGAGAAACACUUGACCAUGUAACAUUGAAGUAUCAUUAUGCCUAUAUCUGAGUCUGAGGACAUGUAGCGAACCAGAGGUUGUGCUGUGGGACUAAUUUCCCUUUGAGGCGUUCACUCCUUAUAAUUAAGCAACAGAGGAUGGACCUUCCCUCUUUCUAAAAUAGAAGCUCCUUGCAUGGUUUUGCUUGCACAGCUGAAAUAAAAACAAAACCUCCCUCUUGCACUUUAUUGCCGUUUUCUCUGCUCUGCAGGGCUCUACACUGACCUUUUUUUUUUUACAAGGAGCACAUAUGCGCCUAAGUUGGAAAAUGUUUGUGUACACAAAGACAUUUAGGAGCACAAUCACAAAUAUUUGAUGUAAUAAAGCUAGAAUCCUUAAUUUUUAAGAAUUGCACAGGAAAAUAUUUAGGUGCUUAUGUGAGUAAAACGGUCAAACUGUAGAGCCCUGCUUUGGUUGUAUAGUUUUACCCUUCUCUAUUUCUCUAAUCUAUUUCAGUGGAUCCUUUUAAGACGCUGGUAUGUUUUAUAGAGGGAUACCCACUGUUACUUGACUGUAGGUUAUUGGUUAUUGAUGGGUUCUGCCAGUGUGUUACAGUGAAUGCUGGCAGUGAAAGUAAACAUGACACACUCACACAGUGCCACCUGUCCUUGCUUUACAAAAUAAGAUUGUCACCUCCUCUCACUCAACUGGCCUACAAACAGUUUAGCCUACAGUGAAUCUCAGGUUUGAUUUUACACCAUGGUCUAUGUUCUGAUCUUUAGUUGAUGGCUCUGUGAGGGUGGCCCUGAAUGGAGAGACUUUGGCUUUGUUUGUCGUCCUCCCAGCUCCUCGGCAGUGUUGCUAUGCGACUUGAAUGUGACCCAUUCAAAUGGGUCUCUGAUUGAAUGGUCCAUUCAAGUCCACAUCACACUGACCAGACAGAGGACCACAGCGGGGCUUACUCAUCUCAACAAAUCAGCUCAACAGUCCUCCUCUCUCUUCCAUCUUCCUCACUCUCUCUCUCUGUUCAUCUGUCCUCCUCCACCUCCUCCCUUAAUUUCUGUAGCUCUCUGUUUAUCUCUCUGUCCUCCUCAGAUUCUCUCUUCAUCCCUGGCUGGAUCCUUUGCUGGCUGCCCAACUCUAAUUAGAUAGUGAACAGUCUGCUUGCGUUUCUCCCUCUUCUCUCUGAAUGUUUUUAUUUUUCUCCUCCUCUAGGCCUAGUUCUCUCUCUCUCUCUCUCUCCCCCCACUCUCUCUCUCUCUCUCUCUUACUCUCUCUCUUUGUAUGUGACUUGUGUUUCUGGAGUGUGUAUGGAUGUCCAAACAUAGAUGACCAACAUUGACUGUCUUGUUGAGGCUACUCGCUGACACACUGUCACCUUUAUUACACACAUUCAUCUGAACUGUAGGCAUCUGUAAUGAUAGUUAGACAGGUACUGUAAUAGAUUUUCCACUGUUGUUUUCUCAGCAGGAGAAUGUGAGCUGAGGCCUCUCCUGAGGCGGUGGGGAAAUGUGCCUGGCAGUGGUGUUUGCAUGAGGCAAAGCUAACUCUCUGUACACUUCUCACCUCUCUAGGCCCACAUACUCCUGCUGUCCUCAGUCUCUCUUCACAACUUAGUUUGUUAGCACAAUAGUUCUGCUCUGUUAAUCACACAACCUAUGCUAAUAUGGGCAAAGUCAUGAGUUUCUCAAAAGGAGGUGUUCUAUCGCUAUCCAUCAACAAUGUGUUGGUGUUACUGGCGCACUGUACUUUACUAUUGUACACUAGAAUGCAGGUGGAAUGCUGAAGCGUAUCUGUCCCUUUAACGGCUCUCUUUGUGUUGUAACUGAGGCAUUUCUCCCUAGUCUCGUGUGACUUAGAGAGGAUUGUGAUAAUCACUGUAUACAUAGACCAUGGUGGGUUUCUCUGAGUCUGUGCCCCUCGCCACCAGCUGUCCAAACUGUGAUCUGGUCUGCUAUGUGCUGUACACAAACCCAGGAGGCCUGCUUUGAAAACUACAAAAACACAGGAAGAAAUGCCAGGUUGUGGUUAGUCAGGUCAGUUGGCAGGUCUGAUCACAUGACUAGCCGUAUUCGCUUUAGGGUUUUGUGGACUUAGUCAAAAAGGAGAACCUCAUCCUAGGAAGUGUUUGUUUCCUCCAGUAUGGUCACAUGAUAUACAUGUUUUUGACAUGCCAAUCACAAAUAGGAUAGGCCUUGUGACUAUUCUGGAUCUGUGUUACCACUGGUCACAUGAUAGACCCCGACCUUGGCCAACUGACAUUUAUCUGAAUAGGCAUUGAAAGUAGCCAACUCUGUGAUAAAAAGAGAGUGCUGUGAUGUAAGCGGUUGAUGACAUGAGCACAGUACUGUUUGUUAGAUGCUGUGGUAACCCAGGUUACUUACUGGCAGAGUUGCAGUCCAGUGGGGGUUAAAGGUUGCAGUCCAGGCUGUGUGUAGAUGUACUGUACUCUUGUGUCAGACCCGUCAGCAUUCUGCCUCCCCAAAAGAGGAGUUAACUCAUCAAGUCUGCAGAUUAUUAGACCCAGCUGUGGAAGUAAACACAGUAGUGAUGGAUUGGGGUGAUGGUGGUCGGUAGCUGCCUUGUCCCAGAAUUACGAGAGACCACCUAUUUUUUCAGUCUCUCUCUCUGUUCCUUGUCUGAUCUUAAUCCAUGCUGAGAAGCAUGACAGUAGAACUCCACCCUACUAUCCCCACUCCCCAUCUCCAAUAAGACUCACAGGCCAUAACGCUUUAUUGUUACAUUCUUGUGCAUACAUUAAAUAACUUGUGAUGCAGUGACAACGGUUAUAUAAUGUAGCUUGUAAACAAUGUUUUACAUGGAAACAGGCAAGAACAAAUAGGCCUAGCCUUGGACGUAAUUCAUAAGUAACAUGUUCAAUUUUGUUUAUUUGUCAUAUACAAGAAGUAGCCUACACAAUAACCAUCAGCAUUUCAUUUCACUGUGUACUCCAUGUGUAUAUGAAUGUACGGCCAGGCUCUAAUUUGAAUGUACGGCCAGGCUCUAAUUUGAAUGUACGGCCAGGCUCUAAUUUGAAUGUACGGCCAGGCUCUAAUUUGAAUGUACGGCCAGGCUCUAAUUUGAAUGUACGGCCAGGCUCUAAUUUGAAUGUACGGUCAGGCUCAAAUUUGUUCAUAGACAAUGCAGCGCAUAAUCUGAAUGAAUGCAUCAAAAGAAACCAGCUAAAUAGACAGUGACAGAUUACAGUUGGGCUGAAUGGGUUAAGCUCAUGCUGACUCUCAGAGGAAAAACUGUCAUUUUGACAUGUGAGGAUCCUGUUUGCAGUGCUGGGCCUGGUUUUCUUUGGCUGUUCCCUGCCUGUCCUACGGUAACCCUCUGCAAAGCAGCUCCAGCUGUUAUGGGCGGGCUGGCCUAUAGUCUAGCGACGCUGCAGUGUCACUCACAACCAUACUGCCACGAUAUUAAACCAGAGGGAAUCACCACUGCACUGCAUUCAUGUACUAGUCCAUCAUACAGUCUCUUCUACUUUAGUUCUUUUCUUCAUGCAUUGGUAAAUUCAUGCUUAAUCUAUCAUGGAAAGUCAGGAAUUUUGCACUGUGCAAAGGUAGUAGCUUUAUUCAUUGAACUGGUCAUUCUUUAGAUUUGAAAUGUUUGAGAGAGACAAUGGUUUGCCAUAAACAUUCAUGUCCAUCAAUGUUGCCAGCGAGGUUGAGAGCUCAUUACUGUCAGACCUCUUAGGUCCCUGUUCAGUGACACAGGAAACGGCAACAUCAAUAAAAACAACGUGAAUGGUUUAGUCCAGAAACUUACGGCCUAGUUUAGGACUGGGUACACCUGUCUUUGAUAAAGAGGGGUUUUGAUCUGAAUGUAAAACUUGAGAGGAGGACCUCGAUCCAUCAAGCAGCCUUACUAACCAAAGCAGUCUCUGUCCGUUUGAGGCUGGGCUCAGUUAAACGUUUAUGCUGGGCUCUCAGUUCUCUUAAUGGCAGAUCGUUUUCCCAAGAGGAGGACAACUAGGCCCAUCUGAUCCCCAUUCUCAGGCUCUGGCUCAUGGGGUUUCCCUGGCAAGCCUAUAGUGCAUGGGCUGAGUCUGUGAACUCUCACUGAAUGGCCAGAGAGAGAGAGAAUGAUCCUGGAGUAGAAACAGUCAGCUGUGUGUGUGACUCAUGGGCUCUUUUUAUAUUUAAAAAAAAAUACCUCUUGGAGCCGUGUGCAUCUGUUUGUGAGGAGGAGAGGAAAGUCCUGUAAAUGGAGGGAACUCUCUUUGGUUCAGACACCAGGUUGUUGUCAGGCUGUGGGUGUUUGUGUUUGGUCCUGAGAUGCUACUGGAACCAAAGAGGGGUUAAAGGGUGAUGAAAGGGUAGAGGUCACAACAGGCUACUAGGCCUAUAGGUUAGGGAACAGAGUGUUGUGUUGACCUCCUCUGUCAUGAAGAGGUCUAGCUAUUCUCUGACAGGUAUUUCCAUCACCCUGACCCAACGCCUCAGACUCAGGCUGGAAUGUGGGGAUCAUUAGAGCCAAUCCGAGGGCCUGAGAGGAGAAAUGCACAGAUCACUCUCCAGCAGCGUAACAGGAUGCCUCUGGCUGGAUGGCAGAAACCAGAAUGAGACUAGGAGAUAGACAUCUCAGUAUGUGAUCAUUCCACUUCCAUAGCACAUUUUCCCCAGCUUCAUUCAUGUCAUAUUACUUUGUCAUCAGCCCAUGUUUUGUUUCAUCGCUAUAAGACUUAAAAUAACUUUGGUUAACACUCACACCUUCUAUUUCUGUCCCUUUUAGGCCGUUCUACCUCUUUUCCUUGAAACCUCAAUGUCAUGGUUAAUGUUACUUCCUGUUUGUCAUCGUCAGGGGAGAUUGUGGUGAACGAAGUGAGCUUUGUGAGGAAGUGCAUCGGAGCAGACAGCAGCCACGAUGACCUGUGGGGGAAGCUGAUAUGCACCAACUUCAAGGUUUCCUUCAUCACCCAUGAUGCCCUCCCCAAGCAGGUAUGUUUUCAAUGUGAGUGCACUCCAGUGGAGGCUGCUGAGGGGAGGACGGCUGGAGCGAAUGGAAUGGCAUCAAACACAUGGAUACCAUUCCACUGAUUCCGCUCCAGCCAUUACCACAAGCCCCUCCUCCCCAAUUAAGGUGCCACCAACCUCCUGUGGUGCACUCUCUAUGUGUGCCUCUCUCUCAAAAAUGACUGUAGCUCUAUGGGCUGGUUACCCGGACACGGAUUAAUCCUAGACAAUCUCCAUUCAAAUGAAUUUUUAGUCCAGGACUAGUCUUAAUCUGUGUCCCGGGAAACUUGCCCUACAUGAUCACAUGUGAGUUUAUUGUAGGUUUAUUGGAGAAGGUGUGGUCAAGGUUGUCACAUGAUAAGCAGCAUGUGAGAUAGGCCAUGUGGGAGGUCUGUUGUGAAAUACCCAUCAACAAAAAGGUUUGUAGGACACUGCCGUCUUUCUUCCAGUGUCAGCUUUCAGAUGUUUUAUGUGACUUCCCACACUGUGCUUAUAGACCACCUGUUUUGUGUUAAGCUUAUUUUGAUGCCUUUGCCUCUUAAACAACUUAAGUGAGUCAUCCCAGACAUGUUUACUUGAAAAAUGAAAGUUUAUAGGACUCAUGGACGGAUUGCACUAUUCUUGGACAUCCUGCCUUGAUCUUAAUGGUCCUUAUUGAUUGCAAAAUAUUGCAAAAUUGUGGAUUUGCCUUUUCAGUUCAAAUGGGGUAACUUUUAGAUUCACACAUUUGCUUGAAAGUUGUCAAUGAUCUCCAUUCAUCAGCUGAUCCCAUGUUAAUCAUUACAUUUCACUGAAAUACAAAAACGACAGUAUCAUCAUCAGUGUUCCUGGCAGAGCAUUUCCAGAUGGUUCAAAUGUUCUCUUCUCAGCUGUUGAUAACAUGUGGUGCAGUCCCACUCCGCUCCAGUUAAAACCUCUGGUCUCCCUGGCACUAUUGUGUGCUUUUGCCCCAGGUACCUCCACUCCUCACCAUGUUGUGUUCUGUUGUCUCCUCAGAGGUUCCAGGUUGCCAACCGGCUGCUUGGAGAGCACGAUGUUCCCCUGGCGUGUGUGGAGCAAGUUGUGACAGGUAAGACCAUGUGCCAUUAUGUUAACCAUGGUGACGAGAUGGUAAACAAACUCAAACAGCCAUCUCCACCAAAAGUAGCCUGCUCAUAUGACACUGGCAGUCCCUUUAGUCCAGAAAUAAAGAGCAGUUUAGGUUCCUGACAGGCCAUGUUGUUUUUUUAAUAGCCAGUGUAAAAUAAUUGACCUAUGAAACGCAUUGCCCCCGACGAUUCUGUCUCUAUGACAGAUAUCGUGGAUUUUGUCAGACCCCGCACACUUCUUGGACUGCUACGGCUGUAAUGCUUCAUCUAUACCCAGCUGUUGAAUUAUGAAUGCACAAUGGGCAGGUUGUGCUCUCCUCCUCUGAAAUCCCCUUGAAUGUUUUUUCUGAUGGCUGAGGGACCAGUUGGAUCUCUCAGAUACAAUCAUGUCCCAUCUGGCUGACCCCAGUCUCUGUGUUUAGGUUUUAUUUGACUGUCCUGUACCAGGCUGAUUUUAGACACACACCAUUGACUGAAACCAGUUUUGGUGGCUGCCUGCCUUCUCCCCCUGGUCACCAAUCCGUUUUUAGUAUCUCCAUAGAUGAGGUCAUAGCCCAGACAGAGGGCCCUGGGCCUGGCUGAAAAGCCUGGUCACGAUUAACCUUGUUUGUGUAACUCAUAGCCUCACUCUGCUGACAUGGCUGGGAGCGUGGGGCUGUUGUGCUGAGCUGAUAGAGCAUGAAGCAAUGUUUUCUACUCAUUACGCCCUCAAACAAAGGUCCUUUAUGAGAGCCUUGGCUUGGCAAAAACACUGACCCAACGCUCCACCCACCACUCUGUAAUGGACAAACAGAGACAAGGCAUAGGUCUUGUCCUUGUCUGGUAAGUUAGUGAAGGUGUGUGCAGGUGGUGGUACACAGGCCAAGGCUGGAUUCCUGGUGUGCCAUGGAAACAUGCAUAUCAUCCCCUACUGAACAAAAAUAUAAACGCAACAUGCAACAAUUUCAAGAUUUUACUGAGUUACAGUUCAUAUAAGGAAAUCAGUCAAUUGAAAUAUAUUAAUUAGGCCCUAAUCUAUGGAUUUCACAUGACUGGGCAGGGGCGCAGCCUGGGGUGGGCCUGGGAGGGCAUAGGCCCACCCACUUGGGAGCCAGGUCCACCCACUGGGGUGCCAGGCCCAGCCAAUCAGAAAUAGUUUUUCCCCACAAAAGGGCUUUAUUACAGACAGAAAUAUUCCUCAGUUUCUUCAGCUGUCCGGGUGGCUGAUCUCGACGAUCCCGCAGGUGAAGAAGCCGGAUGUGUCCUGGGCUGGCAUGGUUACAGGUGGUCUGCGGUAUUUAGUCCGGUUGGACAUAUUGCCAAAUUCUCUAAAACGACGUUGGAGGCAGCAUAUGGUAGAGAAAUAUCAUUCAAUUCUCUGGAAACAAUGGUGGUGGACAUUCCUGCAGUCAGCAUGCCAAUUGCACACUCUGUCAAAACUUGAGGGCAUUGUGUUGUGUGACAAAACUGCACAUUUUAGAGUGGCCUUUUAUUGUCCCCAGCACAAGGUGCACCUGUGUAAUGAUCAUGCUGUUUAAUCAGCUUCUUGAAAUGCCACACCUGUCAGGUGGAUGGAUUAUCUUGGCAAAUGAGAAAUGCUCACUAACAGGGAUGUAAACAAAUUUGUGCACAACAUUUUUGACAAAUAAGCUUUUUGUGUGUAUGGAACAUUUCUAGGAUCUUUUAUUUCAUCUCAUGAAACAUGGGACCAACACUUUACAUGUUGCAUUUAUAAUUUUGUUCAAUAUAUUUAAGAGGGUGAAAUAAACAGUUGAGUCUUGUGAGCCACUGGAAAAUGUUUUACCAUAUGUUAUACUCGAGGAACCUCUGAAAAAGAUGCUUCUGUAUUCAGAAUAACAGAAGUAUAUUUCGAGUACUAUGCCAGAAAGGGAUGUCCGGACAUGAAGAAUGAGGUUCCUCAUUUGUUUUUAGACAGCUGAAGUCUAUUGGAUCAAUUUCAGUUCCUACUUGAUUGAAUUUCUCUGAAGCUCUGUGGUGACAUAGAUACUCGGUUUUUCUGUGGGAAGCUGCCCACUUCACACAUUUUACAUUUACCCCACACUAUACUAGUGUUGUCCCAGAUCUGUACUGUAUGUGCUUUAGCCCAACUCCUCUACAAAACAUUAGGCCUACAGACCUGGGUCCAGGCUACUACUGUUACUAUUUGACUCUCCAUUCGCCCUAAUAAGCACUGUCUCACCCCUGGUCUUUGUUCUGGGUUUGUUCCUCUCAGUGAACGAUGCUAAGGGGAAGCAGAAGGUUCUGGGAUCUAACCAGAAGCUGAAGUUUAAUCCCACCGAGCUCAUCCUUUACUGCAAGGACUUCCGAAUCAUCAGGUUCCGCUUCGACGAGGCUGGGCCCCAGAGUGCCAAGAAGGUUUGUGAUAUAAGCUUUUUGAACAAAAUGGACACUUGAUGUAUAAACACAAUAUAAAUUGACGUGGUGUUGACUCUUGAAUUGAACCUGAGGCUAGAUACCAGCCAUCUGGCAUGGUAAUCCUCCAACUCAACUCCGGCUCACCACUACAGUGGAUUAGUUUCUAAGAGGAUUUCACUGGUAAUUCACUGUGGAAUGGAAUGCCUCUGCUGUCAGUAUAGCUGUUCCCAAAAGACUGCCACUGUCAGAUUUUAAAUAUUUUUUAAUCAUCUCUUACUAGCCUACAUGAUUAUCAGAGUUAAGUCCCAUUAUGUGAGUAUGAUAGCAAACAUGCUGGCAAUGACACUAGUUAAUCAUUCAUUUUGGAUGAGUAAAAAUGCCAUGUGUACUAUGUCCUCUUCUCCCAGAAAACCAAACAGGACUGUAUGUGUAUGGUAACCCCAUUGACAACCACACUGAGGUGACUUUUGGAGAGCGUCUCCUUGAAGCGUUCUGGGGCCAUGUAGGCUGCCCUGUAUCCACCUUUCUAUGCCUUUCCUCCUCUCUCCACCCCUCUUCUCCUCUCUCCACCCCUCUCCACCCCUCUUCUCCUCUCUCCAUCCGGUUGAGCUGCUCUCUGAUGAGGGGAUUAGAGUCUAUCUCUCUUCCAUCUGGCUGGGAGCCUGAGAUUGGCCAGAAUUAGCUCAGUCUGACUCAGGAAGAGUCAGGGUGGCGUUGUCAGCAUGUUAUUAACAGAUUGUAUUGCUUUACAUUUGUAUUGCCUUUUAAGGCACUGUUCUCUAAUAACUUUUUUUCCAAGUAAGAGAACGAAGUCAAUGAGAUUAUGCUUAGAUAUGUGUACAGAAUGACUCGAUACACAUGUCAUGGAGCGCUGCACAACAGCUGUUGUUGCUAGGCAACCUACGUAGAAACUAGUGUAAAAUGAACCUUCCUCAUUGUUACUCUGACUCAUCUCUCUGAGCGAGUGGUGGAUUAUAGUCACAGAUGUGUCAUGUCUUUAGAGUGGAACCAAAACACCGCUCUUCUGUACACAGCCCAUCUGAAAUUAGCCCACCCAACUACCUCAUCCCUAUAUUGUUAUUUAUUUUUGCUCUUUUGCACCCCAGUAUCUCUAUUUGCACAUAAUCUCUUGCACAUCUAGCAUUCCAGUGUUAAUACUAUUGUAAUUAUUUUGCACUAUAGCCUAUUUAUUGCCUUACCUCCAUAACUUGCUACAUUUGCACACACUGUAUAAAUAUUUUCUGUUGUAUUUUUUACUUUAUGUUUUUUACCCCAUAUGUAACUCUGUGUUGUUUUUAUCGCACUGCUUUGCUUUAUCUUGGCCAGGUCGCAGUUGUAAAUGAGAACUUGUUCUCAACUGGCUUACCUGGUUAAAUAAAGGUGGAAAAAAAAAAGGGCCCCAGUACAGCAUGUGAAGAGUCGUGGGCGAGGUGUGUUGGUGGUUUGUUUUCCUCAAUGCUUGUUUUUGUUUGGUGUGAGGAAACAACGGCUUCCCUAAUUUCUGACAGCAAAGCCAACAAACUAACAGGCCUGGUAAGAUCAUUCACCUGGAGUUACCGAGCCCUGUCGGCCUGUUGAGCUCAUGCUGGAAAAUGUGAGGCAGUGAGAAGGAGCAGGGGAGAAGGGGGCCGGGUAGGAGGCGAGAAGGGGGCCGGGUAGGAGGGGAGAAGGGGGCCGGGUAGGAGGCGAGAAGGGGGCCGGGUAGGAGGGGAGAAGGGGGCCGGGUAGGAGGGGAGAAGGGGGCCGGGUAGGAGGGUGAAGGAGUCACCCUGGAUAUAACCUGCCAGCCCCUUAGAACAUGUGAAGCCCGGAUAGAGAGGCUUUAAAGUCACCACAAAACCAACCAGGGAACAAAACGUCUAUUCAGCCCUCUAGUUUCUGAUCACUCUGCAAACACAGAUGCUGUUGCACCCCAGGUUCAGUUCCAAAGGUCUCAGAAGCCAGGGGGCUGGAAGUGAAUUCUAAUGUGUUAUGUGGAGGAAGGCCUCCAAGAGUUCUUAGCAGCAGCCCUGAGUCCUCUGCAUGGCCGUGGCAGGGAGACCGCAGACCUCAGUAUAUCUUCCUGACCGCCUGCUUCUAUGUACACACGCUGACCUUAGAUCUCCAGCCAGAGCGCAUGGUGCGUGCCACAUGGGAGCAGUUUAUGUCAGAGAAAGGGGGAGCUAGCGCUUGAAGCGCCUCAAUACACACCUGAAAGAUAUUGAGCUAAGAAGUAACUAUCAACAUUACCUGGCUACUCUGCCUUCCAGGGCUGUUAAAAAAAUAAAAAAUCUACAGAGACAUUAACAUCUUUGUUGGUUGGGUAACCCAUGACAAUUAGAUUUGUUCUGUCUUGGGCACUCUUAUGACAGCUGUUUUGAAGUCCAAUGGUAACUCCUGGUUGUUUACGAUUACACAUGGUGUUUUUUAAGAAUGGGUGUUUCUGCUGUAAGUAUUGGAAUGGUACAGAGUGGGAUUUAACUGCGAUCCCUCACUCCCUGUGUCUAUUUCUUCAUAGGGACACACAGUGUAAUUACUGUGGGGAGCUAAACCAGGGCUCGGUCCUUGUUUUUCUUUGUGACAUAUGGAAUGAAGCCAUUCUAUAAUAGCUUAUUAUACCGAAGGAAAUUACAGAGUUGGGAGCAGUGUCUCUCAAAUACACAUGCAGACGCGCGCACACACACAUACAUGAACACAAAAGUUCCUUCCUUGCGUCCUGUGUUUUGGUCGCAGCUCCUCCGGUGAAUGGACAGCAUUGUGUGAUUCUAUGCCACUGCCACUGACGGAAAGCAUAAAAAACUGCCAGACUUUCAAAUGUUUGCUUUGCUUUUCAAUGUUAGCCUUUUAUUAGAAAUAGAGCGACAUAAAUGAAUGUCUUAGUCACUCACUUAAAAUGAAAUACAGCACGUGGUGAAAUUACUUGUAUUUUUAUUAAUGGUGAAAUUCAAGGUUGAAAAUAAAUUUGACUCUUCAUAGUAUUCCUGUGUGAGGGUUCUAUCUACCCAUCAAGGUGCAGAAAACAUGAUUUAGUGCCUCAGCUGUUGAGAAUGUCUGGGCUAAAUAAUAAAUUCUGCUCUUUAAAUGGUGGGAUUUUGUAGCAACGGUAGAGGCCCCUUGUAGCCAAGCCACAGCUUGAAGUGUUAUUGAAAGUUCCCAUGCAGGUUCCUGAGUCUUUAGCCAGUAACAGCAUCUCCUCCAAAUGAAUAAAAACAACUCCUGAAACAGGUGAACAGAAAAACAUUCUGGCCGUGGUCAGCAGACUCCGAGGCAGCCAGAACGUGCCUCAGAAUGCAUUUCAAAGACACAAAUCAUUGAAAAGGGACAGCAUAUCCUAUGGAGUCACUGAAAACUGUCUUCAUUCACAAUACAGAAUUAUCUGGCGUCACGUCUCAAAGAUUCUAGCAGACCAUCUCCCUUAGAUUGUAUUGUUGGGGCCAGGAGUUUUUCCAGACUCCCUGACCUGACAAGUGGUGCAUUUCCAUACAGGAUUUACCCCAGUGUUUUACCCAAAAGGCUCAGACUUUUCUGUUUCCAUCUAUGCGUGCCGGCACCCGUGUCUCACUGGGCCAUGGCUCCGGCAGAUCUGCUCUCACCUGGGGCCAAAGCCAGGCCACUGGUACUUUUCAGGUUGCAAUUACAUAACAAUGGUUAACUAUGAACUUUAACACCUUCUCACAAAGCAAGUCCUCACUGCUAGCCCUAGCUAUGGAAACAAUGUCCCUAGUAUAAGAUAAAGGCAUAUACACUAGUGUAACACUGGUGUUACAGUCAAAAAGCAGCAAAGGAAAACUUCCAGGCUCCAGUUUUAGGCUAUAACUAUGCCCUACAGUGCAUUCGGAAAGUGUUCAGACCCCUUUACUUUUUCCACAUUUUGUUACAGCCUUAUUCUCAAAUGGAUGAAAUAGUAUUUUUCCCUCAUCAAUCUACACACAAGACCCCAUAAUGACAAAGCAAAACACAGGUUUUUAGAAAUUUUUGCAGAUGUAUAAAAAAAUUAACAGAAAUAUCAAAUUUACGUAAGUAUUCAGACCCUUUACUCAGUACUUUGUUGAAGCACCUUUGGCAAUGAUUAAAGGCUCAAGUCUUCUUGGGUAUGACGCUACAAGCUUGGCACACCUGUAUUUGGGGAGUUUUUCCCAUUUUUCUCUGCAGAUCCUCUCAAGCUCUGUCAGGUUGGAUGGGGAGCGUCGCUGCACAGACAUUUUCAGGUCUCUCCAGAGAUGUUCGAUCGGCUUCAAGUCUGGGCUCUGGCUGGGCCACUCAAGGACAUUCAGAGACUUGUCCCGAAGCCACUCCUGCGUUGUCUUGGCUGUGUGCUUAGGGUCGUUGUCCUGUUGGAAGGUGAACCUUCGCCCCAGUCUGAGGUCCUGUACGCUCUGGAGCAGGUUUUCAUCAAGGAUCUCUUUGUACUUUGCUCCGAUCAUAUUUGCCUCAAUCCUGACUUGUCUCCCAGUCCCUGCCGCUGAAAAACAUCCCCUCAGCAUGAUGCUGCCACCACCAUGCUUCACCGUAGGGAUGGUGCCAGGUUUCCUCCAGACGUGACGCUUGGCAUUCAGGCCAGAGUGUUAAAUCUUGGUUUCAUUAGACCAGAGAAUCUUGUUUUCUCAUGGUCUGAGAUUCUUUAGGUGCCUUUUUGCAAACUCCAAGCGGGCUGUCAUGUGCCUUUUUACUGAGGAGUGGCUUCCGUCUGGCCACUCUACCAUAAAGGCCUGAUUGAUGGAAUACUGCAGAGAUGGUUGUCCUUCUGGAAGGUUCUCCCAUCUCCACAGAGGAACUCUAUCACUCUGUCAGAGUGACCAUCGGGUUCUUGGUCACCUCCCUGACCAAGGCCCUUCUCCCCCGAUUGCUCAGUUUGGCCGGGCGGCCAGCUCUAGGAUGAGUCUUGGUGGUAUCAAACGUAUUCUAUUUAAGAAUGAUGGAGGCCGCUGUGUUCUUGGGGACCAUCAAUGCUGCAGACAUGUUUUGGUACCCUUCCCCAGAUCUGUGCCUCGACACAAUCCUGUCUCGGAGCUCUAUGGACAAUUCCUUUGACCUCAUGGCUUGGUUUUUGCUCUGACAUGCACUGUCAACUGUGGGACCUUUAUAUAGACAGGUGUGCCUUUCCAAAUCAUGUCCAAUCAAUUGAAUUUACUACACUCCAAUGAAAUUGUAGAAACAUCUCAAGGGUGAUCAAUGGAAACCGGAUGCACCUGAGCUCAAUUUCGAUUCUCAUAGCAAAGGGUCUGAAUACUUAUAUAAAUAAGGUAUUUCUGAAAACCUGUUUUCGCUUUGUCAUUAUGGGGUAUUGUGUGUAGAUUGCUGAGGAAAAACGUUAAUGCUAUCCAUUUUAGAAUAAGGCUGUAAUGUAACAAAAUGUGGAAAAAGUCAACGGGUCUGAAUACUUUCCGAAUGCACUGUAUGUACUGUAUAUUUGCCUGGACCUGUUCAGUUCCUUCCUUUUGAAGUCAUGUGUGUUGCCCCACCCUGUGAUUUAAGGUUUGCCUGGCCAUCGCUCACUACUCCCACCCCGCAGAUCCCCAGCUGCUGUUUGGUUUUGAGUACGUAGGGAAGCAAUACUACGGAUCUUUGGGUAGGUACACAGUACACUGGUUAAUCAUCUGGUUCUGAGUGAAAAGGCUUUGACACACCCUUAUUCCCUGUGACCUGCCAAACUGUUCAAGCUAUCAAUAGCAUCCCCACUGUACAUGUCUUGACAUGUGAGGAACCUAAAGGAAAACAUGCUGAAUACACUGUUAACACAACAAUGUGAUCGAUUGAGUUUUGUUGAAACACUGGGGCAUUGGUUGUAUCAAAUGUGGCUCUUCAAUAAAGAACAGAUAUUUACAAUUGUUGCAAUGUUUGAGUUGAAGGAAACACAGCAAGCAGGUGUGUGUCUUUAAUUUGCAUGCGCUCACUGUUACAUGUGAAGGGGAGCGAGUUAAUGGAGGAGAUCCCGGAGGAGGACUGCAGAUACCCCUAUUUGACCGGCCCUCUGAAUGGGACAGAGAGAUCAAGAGAACGGGUGCAGCAGAGUGGAGGGUGUGCUCCAUCAAUGAGGGCUACGUUGUCUCACCCAGGUGGGGCCCACAUAGUUUAGGGGAGUGGGGAGGGAGGGUUCUGCAGGCCUGAGCUCAUUUUCUAAAUGACAUCAUGGAUUAUUACCAGAUUUGGAUUAUGAUUAACAUAGCUCAUUAGAGUGUCUUAAUCCUCAUCAGGCAUAACGGUAACGCUUUAUGUAAUACACUUAGGUAAUGGCUUACAUUAACACUUUAUGUAAUAUAAUCUUUGUUGAGAUGGAAAUGUAGUAAUUGCUGCACUUGCUGCCACAGAUUUGAGGUUAGAUCUUUUCAUAUUGUGGUGAACCAUUCAGAAUCUGCUGUGGCUAAUAUGGCGCCUGACUCAAUGACAUAAAAUGUUAACCUCUUGUCCAUUUGGAGCAACUCUGCAUAUUUCCCUCCUAUCUUUCUCUCUCCAGUCUCCCAGAGUACUUUGUGGUCCCAGUGUCCCUGGCGGAUCAAGACCUGAAGCAGUACUUAUGUUUUUUCACUGCUCGGCCGCAUCCCUGUGAGUGGCCGGCCUCUUUCAUCCCCAGAAAACAACAGCUUUUGCUUAAUAAAAGCCUUUCUCACUGUUUUAGACAGAAUUCCCUAGACAGACCAUUUCUAUCAAUUAUUAAUGACUCUGAUUUGUUAAGUGCUUUGAGAGGAGUGACAAUGCAUUUCAGCGUAUGUGAGUGUUUGUAAGUGAGAGAACGAGGGAGACUUUGUGUGUGACUGCUGAACCAUGACAAGCUGGUGUGUGUGUGUGUGUUUCCCCAAGUUGUGGUGCUGGAAUCACCCCAACGGGAGUGCCCUGGUGCGCAUGGCCAGCAUCAGUGACCCACUGCAGCAGAGGAAGCUGGACCAGAGGUACAAUAAGACUGAAUAGAAUAUCAAUGAAUACAUUUGUAUUUGUUGAUGUUUUCAUAUUGUUUACUACAAUCAUCUGUUUUCAAUUUUCCUUUCAAAUAGUGUGAUUAUCAUGUCAGCACUGUGAUUUGUUCUUUUGGCAUAACUGACAAGCGAGAUUGCCAAACUAUUCUGUCCAGACUCGCAGUACCAAAGAUAAGUAAAUAAACUGCUUGUCAAAUAAGCAGUGCUGUUAAGACCAUUUCCAACAGUCUUUUCCUGCUCUGUGCUGUGGUAGGAUAUGUAGUGCCAUAACAAAGAGCCACCCACAGCGCAGUGACGUCCUCAAGUCUGACCUGGACAAGAACCUGCCCAACAUCCAGGACAUCCAGGCUGCCUUUGUCAAAGUGCGGCAGAUCUGUGUCAUCGGUAAGUUGGAGGAAUUGAAAUGUUGGGCCUCCCGAGUGGCUCAGCGGUCUAAGGCACUGCAUCGCAGUGCUUGAGGCGUCACUACAGCCCCGGGUUCGAUCCCAGGCUGUGUCACAGCCGGCCGUGACCGGGAGACCCAUGAGGCGGCACACAAUUGGCCCAGCGUCGUCUGGGUUAGGGGAGGGUUUGGCCAGCCGGGAUUUCCUUGUCCCAUCGCGCUCUAGCGACUCCUUGUGGUGGGCUGGGCGCCUGCAAGCUGACUUCGGUCGCCAGUUGGAUGGUGUUUCCUCUGACACAUUGGUGCGGCUGGCUUCCGGGUUAAGCGAGCAGUGUGUCAAGAAGUAGUGCGGCUUGGCAGGGUCGUGUUUUGGAGGACGCAUGGCUCUCGACUUUCGCCUCUCCCGAGUCCGUAGGGUAGUUGCAGCGAUGGGACAAGACCGUAACGACCAAUUGGAUAUCACGAAAUUGGGGAGAAAAAGGGGUAAAAGUAAAAAUAAUAAAAUAUAUAUAUAUAUAAUAAUAAUACAAAAUAUAUAAUGAAUAUGUGAUAAAAAAAAAUCCUAAGUCGUUUUUUAAUGAAGGCACUUUGUUGUUCUUAGGCUUUUAUUGCUGCUCUUAGGGAUUCUGAAAGCUCUUUGGAUGUUUCACUGUGUGUUUGUUUGUGUGCAGAGCCCUUUGAGGAGUCUGAGGAGAAGUGGCUGUCGUCCAUGGAAAGCUCUCGAUGGCUGGAGUAUGUCAGGUAUGUAGAAAUAUUUAGUCGCCACUGGCGUUCAGAGCCCUGCAAAAUGACCUCCAGCAGGCCACAAAUGUGCAUGUGUCUGCUCAAACGGUCAGAAACAGACUCCAUGAGGGUGGUAUGAGGGCCCGACGUCCACAGGUGGGGGUUGUGCUUACAGCCCAACACCGUGCAGGACGUUUGGCAUUUGCCAGAGAACACCAAGAUUGGCAAAUUCGCCACUGGCGCCCUGUGCUCUUCACAGAUGAAAGCAGGUUCACACUGAGCACAUGUGACAGACGUGACAGAGUCUGGAGACGCCGUGGAGAACGUUCUGCUGCCUGCAACAUCCUCCAGCAUGACCGGUUUGGCGGUGGGUCAGUCAUGGUGUGGGGUGGAAUUUCUUUGGGGGGCCGCACAGCCCUCCAUGUGCUCGCCAGAGGUAGCCUGACUGCCAUUAGGUACUGAGAUGAGAUCCUCAGACCCCUUGUGAGACCAUAUGCUGGUGCGGUUGGCCCUGGGUUCCUCCUAAUGCAAGACAAUGCUAGACCUCAUGUGGCUGGAGUGUGUCAGCAGUUCCUGCAAGAGAAAGGCAUUGAUGCUAUGGACUGGCCCGCCCGUUCCCCAGACCUGAAUCCAAUUGAGCACAUCUGGGACAUCAUGUCUCGCUCCAUCCACCAACGCCACGUUGCACCACAGACUGUCCAGGAGUUGGCGGAUGCUUUAGUCCAGGUCUGGGAGGAGAUCCCUCAGGAUACCAACCGCCACCUCAUCAGGAGCAUGCCCAGGCGUUGUAGGGAGGUCAUACAGGCACGUGGAGGCCACACACACUACUGAGCCAUGAAGUUUAGUUUAGAAAAGUACUAGCAUUGACAAACGCUCCAGCUGGUUCUCUCUCUCUCUCUACCAUCUGGUGUAUAUAUUAGUCCUUUUAUUUACACUUUUUAAUGGUGGUAAUAUUUACAGAACAAGUACAGGAUCAUUUUGGUUGGACUCAGCUUUUGGGCAGAGUUAAUGAAUGUCGUACUUAAGAAGAUGUAUGUGUAAAUGUUACAUAUUUGUGCCUAGAGUAAAGUCAACUGUAUCCUUUCAUAUUCCUGGCUCCAGGGCCUUCCUGAAGCAUUCAGCCGAGGUAGUCUACUUGCUGGAGGGAAAACAUGUGUCUGUCAUUCUGCAAGGUAAAGAAACACAUGGUUUUGUCCUUUAGUUGUUUGUCUGUCUGUCUGUUUGCUGUCUGUGUGUGUCUUGUCUGUCUGUCUGCCUGUCUGUCUAACCUGUAUUUCUCACUUUUAUUUUCUCUCUCUCUCUCGUCUCUCUCCUCUCUCCAGAGGAAGAAGACCGGGACCUGAGCUGUGUGGUGUCCUCUCUGGUACAGCUGAUGCUGGACCCUCACUUCCGUAGCCUCGCUGGCUUCCAGAGCCUGGUGCAGAAGGAGUGGGUGAUGGCUGGCCAUCGGUUCCUCGACCGGUGCAACCAUUUGAAGAAGAAUGACAAAGAGGAGGUAGGCUCUGUCUAUUUGAUACUUGACAUGUUGCUUGACAUGGAGAUGUACUUUGAAAUGUCAUUGUUUUUGUGCCCAGUGAUUUUAAUCAUUUUACAUUUUUAGUCAUUUAGCAGACGCUCUUAUCCAGAGCGACUUACAGGAUCAAUGAAGGUUAAGUGCCUUGCUCAAGGGCACAUCAGCAGAUUGUUCACCUAGUCGGCUCAGGGAGUCAAACCAGCAACCUUUCGAUUACUGGCCCAACGCUUUUAAUCGCUAGACUACCUGCCACCCUUAAUCACAAUAUUCUCUACCUUUCCUCCUCUUCCUCUCCUCCAUUCCCUCAGUCUCCUCUGUUCCUGCUGUUCCUGGACUGUGUGUGGCAGAUUAUAAAUCAGUACCCAGCAGCCUUUGAGUUCACUGAGACCUACCUGACUGUGCUCAGUGACAGCAUGUGGAUCCCUGUCUUCAGCACCUUCCUCUUCAACUGUCCCCAGCAGCGCACUGAGAACAGCAUGGUGAGGGGCUCACACACACAAAAAGACACAAAUACAGGAAGCUCCCCCUCGACCCUCAACAACAAAAUUGCGAUUGUAUUCAACUCCGUCAACACACCUCUGAUAUGAUGCAGCUCAGAACUGUGUGCAGCUGUGUGCAGUAUGAGUAACCAUACCUGUCCUCCUCCACAGGACUUUGCUAAGAGUAAGUGCAUCCCUCUGGGAAAAGAGACGGCCUUGCGUUUCCCCCCUGUCUGGGACUGGUCACAGCAGUUCACCCCCAAAGACCAGGCCCUCUUCAACAACCCCAUGUAUGUUGGCAAAGGUGCCACCUGUGUGCAGAACGGAGCAGUGAAAUCCUUCAGACGCACCAAGGUCAGUUUGCUCUCUUGGUUUGAGAAUGACAAUUAAUACAAUGAAACUACCCCUUAACAGGAUAAGUACAUUUAAGUUCUAGACAGGCAAAUUAGGGAGCUUUGCAAGAAUAGCUAUGCAAGACUAUCCAGGGACAGUCACAGAUACCUGGCAAAUAACCUGAAUUCUUGAAGAUCAAAAUGUCAUGUUCAUCAAAGUAAAAUCAACACCAUCUACAUGUAUGUACAUUCUAAAUUCUAAAUUGAAUAACUUGUAAAUAAGUUUGUGUUCCUUUCUCUUCCAGAAAAACUACAGUUCUACACUCCGAGGGAUGCCCUCUUCCCUGAGGAACAUCCUGAUGGACGGCCAUGACAGCCUCACCCUGACCAGGCGGAACUCCCUGGUGCUGCGGCUCAAACCAGACUUCUCCCAGAUCAGAGAGGUGGUGGAGAGCCCAACAGAGCGCUUCUUCAAGGACUGGUUCUCCCGGCCCGCAGACCUGCAAGGGAUGCUCAUCCCUCAGCUCCUGGCCUUCACACCUGGCCCUGUGGAGGCUCUACUUCCUGCGCUGGGUUCCUGAAGCACGCAUCCCCAAAGGCGGCCCUGUUACCGCAUACCACAAGCUCUCCCAGCUGGCUGAUGAGAUAGAGAUGCUGCAGAGCCAGCUACGCCAGUACAAGGGGGCCACUCCGGCCAGCACCCCGACCUCCACCCCCAGCGCCCCCCCAUCAGACCACAGCAGGAUGUACUUUAAGGCCGGCUCCACCCACGAGCCCUCGUCAACUCCAGAGUACCUCAGCUCCUCCUUCCCCUUCUCUCCCGUGGGGAACAUGUGCCGCCGCAGCAUCCUGGGCACUCCUCUCAGCAAGUUCCUGAAUGGAGCAAAGAUAUGGCUCUCCACUGAAACUCUGGCCAGUGAGCCACUCUGA